AUGCCAGUCUAUAACACCACUCAACCUAAACAGGUUCCAUUGUAUAUGAUGGCUUUUUCCCAAUUUCCUAAUGAUGAACCGGAGGAUGCUGAAUACGGGUUUGUAAGUCGUCAUGAGGAAGACUCAGAUGAAUACUUUGAAGAGAGGGAAAAGUACAUUACAAAUCGAAUUUCCUUCUUGAUUUACAAGCUUGAUGAAUUACAAUCAUUCAGAGACCAGCUGAUGGAUAAGAUGAAGCUAUUAAUUGCUGAACAACAAGAGGCUUCCAAGUCACAGGAACAGCAAGGUCUCAACUAUGAACAAGUGUUACAUUUACUUUUAGAACGACUCGAUGAAGUACAAUUGAAGAUAGCAAAGUGUAUUCGUGAUUAUAGUGAUGCAGUACAUCUGGAUGAUGAAGAUGGUUCUUUAAGUGUUCAUUUGAACAUGCCAACGAUCACAAGUAUCGAAACAAAAUUAACCUCACAUUACUUCUCCAAACUGGAUGAAUUUACAAGAAUGUUGUCACAAUAUAGAGAUGGCGGAGCAGAAACAAUGAGUCGCUAUCAAGAAAUGAAAAAAAAAGCGGCUCAAUCUUCAUUACCUAAACCAAGUGAAUAUACUUCUCCUUUGAGUGCUUUUUGCAAAGAAUUUGAUUCAAAAAGAUCAAUAGUUAGUAAUUGUUACAUGAGUUCACCUCGACGUAGAAAUAUUGUAGAGGCCAGAUGUGACAUGGAUUGUCGAGUAUAUACAUUUUAUCCCAGAGCAAGUUUGAAAAAUGCAACCUUGAAGAGUGACAUUUAUGCUAUUCUUGAAAAUGAUGAUGUUAACAUAUCUGCUGGUAAUAAUUUAACAAAGUUUUCAAAUACAAGGAUGAAAAAUACAGACUAUUGUUCCAUCGAUGCAGAACGACGUCGUUCCAUAUUCCUCUCCAACUCUACAAAGAUCACAAGCUUUGAAAUUGCCGAAAACAAAAUGGGAAAGGAACAAUUUUCAAUCACACGACCAUCAGAAAAAUUCCCAUUCUAUUACACCAUACCAGUUUCAAAUCCAAAUACUAUUCAAACAACAAGAAUUUCACUUCUUGAAAAAACGCAAAGUGCAUUCAAACUUGAUUAUCAUGCUGCUCGAGACAUGUUAUACAUUUUAUUGAGAACUGUUGUUUUGCGUGUGGACAUGGGAAGAGAAUGUCAAACCUACAUGACUGGUUUUGGUCACAACGCAACUGACAUUGUAUUUACAAAUGACUUGAUUGCCAUUUCAUGUUAUGACUCUCUCGUUUACUUGUUUGAUGCACGAACAAAAUCCAUUCCAACCAUGAAGUUAAAAGGACAUGGAGAGAAUGUAAAUGCAUGUGAAAUCGCAAACAUUGAUGGAACACCAUUUGUUUUCAGUGGUGGUAAAGAUCAAUGUAUUAGAGUUUGGGAUAUUCGGAUGCAAGUACCAUUGUAUGAGCUUUCUGCUGGAAACAAUGUUGUCACAGGCUUACAUUGGCAUGACGCAUCUUCGACAUUAUUAUGUGCCACCAAUUAUUGGCCAGAGUUUUCAGAUCAGGAUUAUGAUGAAAGUGAUUGGAAUUCCAAUGCUUACCACUCAAAAACUCACUUUGCCAAGCAUUUUCACCUUGAAAGAGGUGCUUUUGUGUGUUAUCAAUUUAAGGAUAUUAUUGAAGGAAACAAGUUAGUGCAACAAACACGAACAACAAAAUCUUCACCAACCAAAAGCAAACACCACAAAAGAAAAUAA